CCUAUGAAAAGAGCCCAAGGUUCUAAACCAUCAAAGAGUAAGGAGAGCACUCCUUCAACUAAGGAUGCUGCUGAUGGUGAUAAAGUCCUAUCUCCACCGCCUAAGAAUGACAAGAAAUCACCAAGUGAGCUGCUUCAUGAUACUGAUGAAGACAAAUCGCAUCCUACACCGCGUAACAAAGACCAGAAAUCCUCAAGUAAGCUGCUCCGUAAAGGAGAUGAUAUAGCCACUUCUGCACUACUUAACAAUGACAAGAAACCAUCACCUCUUGAGCAGCUCCGUAAAGGAGAUGAUAUAGCCCCUUCUGCACCACUUAACAAAGACAAGAAACCAUCACCUCUUGAGCAACUCCGUAAAGGAGAUGAUAUAGCCCGUUCUGCACCACUUAACAAAGACAAGAAACCAUCACCUCUUGAGCAGCUCCGUAAAGGAGAUGAUAUAGCCCGUUCUGCACCACUUAACAAAGACAAGAAACCAUCACCUCUUGAACAGCUCCGUAAAGGAGAUGAUAUAGCCCCUUCUGCACCACUUAACAAAGACAAGAAACCAAGGCCAGCAACCACGAGGUCCUGAUCUGCUCCGUGGUAAAGAUAUAGCCUCUUCUGAUAAAGUCGUAUCCUCUCCUACUAUACAACCUGAAAAAGGCCUGAUUGAAGGCAAGGAAAGCUCAACUGCUGUUCUCCCUAAAAUUGUAUCCUCUCCUACAACAUCUAAAAAAGGCCAGGAAAGCUUAAGUGAGCGGAUCCAUGGUAAAGAUACAUCCACUCUUACACAUACUGCGUCUAAUAAAGACACGAAAGGGUCUGGCCGGCAGAAAGCGUCAGCUGAGCUUCUGACUGGAUAACGAAAGAACAGGGCAAGAUAAAGAAAGGUGAUGAUUCAAAUGCAUGAGACAUGCAUGCAUUUGCGUAGCUACAUGAUCGGCAACACAAUAAGGGUUCGUAUCUUUCCUAUGUUUGUUGUUGCAGUUGGUGCUGCAGUUGUUCCUUUGCCCUAUUUUAUAUAUUUCUCCUUGUUUUUUUUGGGCCAAUAACCUUACUCCUACGAUUAUGAAUGAUCGUCUUCGGGGAUAAUUCAUAAUUGAAUAGGUGGAAUGCAAUUUGUGAAUUUUUUAUUUUUUAUUUUUCAUUUUCCUGUUAUGUUAUGAAUGGAACUAUAUUCAACCAA